CGGGCGCCACGAGACUCCGCUGGAGAGACCGUUACAAACCGUCCGCACACGUCCCCAGCGGCGUUCGACUCCUGCGAGAGCGUGUCUCGUACUCCCAGUUCCGUAACAACAAAGGACCGACUGGUGCCUCCUCCCCCACAAUCACCACCCCAAAAAGUCCCAAAAACAGUCCCCAAGAGCAACCACUUCACAAACGAUAGCGUCGCGAUGGCCGAGAAAGAAUCACAAGUCCCCGAGCAGAAGCCCGACAACACGUUGCCCCUGCGAGCAGCUCUGUCCCACGUUUUCGAGAACAUUGGGGAUUCUGUAAGCGAGAAGCAGUUUGCCGAGUGCCAAAGUUUCCUCAGAUCCAAGCUCUCAGAGUCAAAGUUCAAUUCCACAAUUCAUAAGCUUCAUGAAAAGAUCGGGAAGGACCUUCUGGACAGGAUGAAUGAGGAAUUGGAUCGUAUGAUGACUGAGGAGAGUUUGACCGAUGGCCUGGGGAAACUCAAACAGCUGCUCAUGGAAACACCCUACAGUCCUGGGGAAAUUGCGUGGAGACCACCUGGAGACGUUGCAGAGCACCUCAGAACCUUCGACGUCUCCAAAAUCGACGAAGAAACCGACAGUUUAACGAAAUUAGUGGACGAUUUGGAGGACGAGAACAAUCAUCUCGUGAAAACCCUCUCCAAAAAGCGACAGACGGCCCUCACACUCGACAAAAAAAUCCGCAAAUCAACGACAAUAGGUGUGAACAGUAUUGCCAAACAGCAGAAAACAAGAGACAAAAUCCAGAAAUACGUGGAUCAACUCGAGGAACUACUGACUGACCACCAUUAGCUCAUAAAUCCCUUCGAUAUGUUCAUACGCUUAUUGACUACAAGAAUGUAUACUAUACAUAAUGUUUAUGUGACGAUAGUGAUUUCGAUAAAGUCUGCUAAUGACUGAUAUAAUUUAUACUUGAGAUAUGUAA